AUGUCUCCAAUCCUCUUUGCCCUGGUGCAAUUGCUCCCUGUCGCCCUCUGUCUGAGUACGACCCAGCCAAGCUUCACUGCAGCUCAACUAUCCCAUGAAGUCGUUACUUUUGACAAGCGGGCUGCUGCUACGUCUGCCAGUCCAUUGAACCGUCAACUCCUGGGACUAUCCAUUGAAUUCUGCUGGAUCACUGGCUUCCUAGGCGACGUUAACCAAGAAAACGCGCUGUCUCUUCGCCUCCUUCAGAACAUCCAGGAUCUUUCAGGUUUUCCGCCGAGGAUCCGCAUCGGUGGUGAUACCCAGGAUGUUGCGAAUUACUGCGAUGACUGUACUCAAACCCUCAACAAUACAUUCGCCAGCAAUAGCGAAAUAGGUCUAUUUGCCAAUACCGAAGCUGCUAACGUCACUUUUAAUAAGAAUCUGUUCAGAGUUCUCAACGAGAACGUUCCGAGUGAGCAGGAGUAUACAUUUGGACUGAACUUUGGCGAAAACAACAUUUCGAACACCUUGGCGGAGUUCAAAGCUGUUGAACAAUACAUGAAUCUCUCACGAAUUACAGCCUACGAGCUAGGUAAUGAACCCGACUUUUAUUCCGCCUACAGGCAAUUUCGACCAUUGAGCUGGGACAUCUUUUCCUAUGCUCAGCAAACAGCGAGCUUCCUAACAAAGAUAACUGCUUCAUUAAGCAAGACCGAGGCAAAGAGAUUCGCCGGAUAUAUGUCCGCAUCCUUUGCCAAUGCUCCAGUUGAUCAAGGCGACUUCUCUAUAAGUUCAUUGAUUAAGAUGGGAAUUAAAGAAGUUGUGAGCGAGAUUAAGAUCUUUAGCAACCAUUGUUAUUUCGGAGAUGUUUGCACGCCGGCAGAUGCAGCUCUGGUGUCUCUCCCGGUACUUUUGAACCAUAUUCAUACGUUUCAAAUGGUGCAACAAUUCACAUCAGCGAUAUCUGCUGCUAAGUCUGUGGGCGCUCAGUUCUUUAUGGGUGAAACAAACUCUGCUGCCUGCCACGGAUUGGCAGGUGUCUCUGACACUCUUGGAGCAGCACUCUGGAUGUUGGAUUACUCGUUGACCGGUGCGACUGCUGGCAUGGAUGGCUUGUACUUCCACAACGGAGUCGGUUUUCCUUACAGUGUAUGGCAGCCAAUUGCAGUUAAUGGCACAGCUGCACAUGCAAGUGGACUGUAUUACGGAUUUCUUUUAUUCGCCGACCUUGUAUCAAAUCUUGGCCGCACGCCAGAAAUUGCACCAAUACCUUCCCUAGAUGCUACUGACCUUGCACAUUACGCUGUGUAUUCUUCCUCGUCCAACCUUCAAAAGCUGGUCAUCCUCAACCUCGACUAUAUUAAUGGCACUAACCCUCGCACAUACAAGACUUUUGACGUGUCUGCUGAGUUUGGGAAGGAUUUCACUGUUAAGAGACUAUCGGGUUCCUCUUCCAUUGCUACCCAAGGCUUGACUUGGGCAGGUCAAACCGUGGAUGGAAAUGGGCACCUAAGCGGGGCCAAGGUUGUUGAGAAAGUCACAAAUGGAGUGGUUUCUAUCGGGUCUUCCGAGGCGGUUAUUAUUGAGAGGGUUUAA